CAACAUUUAACUGUUUUAUUGUUAGACUAUUUUACCGGCCAUAUCCUUCAUUUCGACAUGGAUUUACUUGAAGAGAACUAUAUGCAUUCCGCCGAAAGGUUGGACAAACCAUCACAAUACUUGAUUAAAAAGGCAAUGCGUCGAGGAAAUGUAGACAGUUUAUAUAAAUCUAUGGAACUGAGCACCAUCUACGUAGGGAAUUUAUCCCAUUUCACCACUGAAGAACAGAUACAUGAACUUUUCCUGAAAUGUGGAACGAUAUACAGAAUAAUAAUGGGGUUGGAUCGUAAUAAGUUAACUCCUUGUGGAUUCUGUUUUAUAUUAUAUAAUGAAAAGAAGGCAUCUUGGAAUGCUAUGAAAUAUCUUAAUGGUACUAAAUUGGAUAGUCAAACAUUGGAAAUCGAUUUAGAUCCGGGUUUCCGCGAAGGUAGACAAUUCGGUAGAGGUGUCUCAGGAGGACAAGUUAGUCAUGAAGAAAGAUCAAACCGUCAAAGAAUGGAAGGAAGUUCUGGAGGUUAUAGAGGUGGAUUUAGAGGUCGUGGUAGAGGUCGUGGUAGAGGAAGAGGUGGAUUUAGAGGCGGGUUUAGAGGCGGAUACAACGGAGGCUCCCAUCAACAAACAGACCAUUAUAGUGGUAGUGCCAGUUCCGAACGUCAAGGCUGGUAGUAUUCCAUGUAACCUAUUGUCAAAUUAAAAACAAAAGAAGAAAACAAUUACACGGUUUAUAAGAAAAGAAUGGCAUAUUUAAUUCAUUGCAAAACAAUCAUUAUGUAGUUUAUACACAAUAAGAACACGAAC